UUGGACUUGACAGCGCUAUAGAUCGUAACGAGCAAUGCUACUCUUUGUUAAGUAAAGUGGUGAGAAAUCUUGCUCGAAAACAACAUCUAUUUAAUUAAAUGGUCAUUACCACCACACCUGCUGGUAUUUGUUAUCGCAAGUUAAAGUAACUGACAAUUGUUGGCUUGGAGGACUACUUAUUUUGUAGUUAGCUAACGGUAGCGUGUUAGCUGCUCGGACAACAGCUGUAGGUCGGGAGGAUGUCGCUUCACGGCAAAAGAAAAGAAAUCUACAAAUACGAGGCGCCAUGGACGGUGUACGCGAUGAACUGGAGCGUCCGUCCAGACAAACGCUUUCGGUUGGCGCUCGGGAGCUUUGUGGAGGAAUACAACAACAAGGUUCAGCUGGUGGGUUUGGAAGAGGAGAGCUCCGAAUUCGUCUGCAGGAACACGUUUGACCAUCCUUACCCCACCACCAAGAUCAUGUGGAUCCCAGACACGAAGGGGGUGUACCCGGACCUGCUGGCCACCAGUGGAGACUACCUGCGCAUAUGGAGGGUCAGCGACACAGAAACACGUCUCGAAUGUUUGCUGAAUAACAACAAGAACUCCGACUUCUGUGCUCCCCUCACCUCCUUUGACUGGAAUGAAGUUGACCCCAAUCUGCUGGGAACUUCCAGCAUCGACACCACCUGCACAAUCUGGGGGUUGGAGACCGGUCAGGUGUUGGGACGGGUUAACCUGGUGUCCGGACAUGUAAAAACCCAGCUGAUCGCUCAUGACAAAGAGGUGUAUGACAUCGCGUUCAGCCGUGCAGGAGGUGGCAGAGACAUGUUUGCCUCUGUGGGAGCUGAUGGAUCCGUCCGCAUGUUUGACCUUCGGCACCUGGAACACAGCACCAUCAUCUAUGAAGACCCCCAGCACCACCCGCUGCUCCGCCUCUGCUGGAAUAAACAGGACCCCAACUACUUGGCCACAAUGGCCAUGGACGGCAUGGAGGUGGUCAUCCUGGACGUGCGUGUGCCUUGCACUCCAGUGGCUCGGCUGAACAACCAUCGGGCUUGUGUAAACGGCAUCGCCUGGGCCCCUCACUCAUCAUGUCACAUCUGUACUGCAGCCGAUGACCACCAGGCUCUGAUCUGGGACAUCCAGCAGAUGCCGCGCGCCAUUGAGGAUCCCAUCCUGGCCUACACUGCCGAAGGGGAGAUCAACAACGUGCAGUGGGCCUCCACGCAGCCGGACUGGAUUGCCAUCUGCUACAACAACUGCCUGGAGAUCCUGCGUGUCUAAAGCCACGAACACUUAGACCACGAAGAGAAGGAUUGUUGUUUCAGAUUUGGACUUCAUUUUUAGUCGUCGUCCCACUGCUUUCAAGACCAGGACGAUGUCACGAGUGAACUUCCUGAACGUGUUUGGAGUAUCACACACACCUACUCCACAAUAACCUGGUUUACACUUUCUCCCAUGUCUUUACUCCAUUGUUCUAUUAAACGUGUUUAAGCUCUUAUUUAUUUUGCUCUCAAGGUAGUGUUCAGAAGCUUUGGACUCUGAGCAGUUGUCUAUGAAAUUCAGAUUUUUAUACUUUUGGUGUGAUUUCAGCCAGCUGUGAGAUUAUGAUGAAGGGUUUAGAUGUUGUGUGUUUCAUCUGUUUGAGUUGUAAAGGUUGAUACAAACUACUGUAGAUGGCAGAAGAUGACCUCUCUAAGAUGUAGUGAUAUGUCGUAGCCUUCUUGUGGACUCAUACCAUAUUAUUGGUGACUCAAAGUAUAUUAUAGUCUUGUUUACCCCCUGUGGCAAUUAAACCCAUUUCAAAUGGGUGUGUGUCCUCCCACAGUAUGAUGGUACGAGGCUCAAACUUGUGACCUGUGCAAUUUUUAUAAAUCGUAAAAUAACCUGAGAGGGAUUCGUAUUGUCACUGCAGUGGUGUUUGUCAUCAUACGGUGUGUUUUAGUUUGGCUGGUGACACUGUAAGGCAGCCAUGUACAGCAACACUCAGAACCUACCAGAGCAACGUCGUUCAGCCUUUUUAAACUCCCUACUUAUUCUCUUCUUCUUUAUUUGUAGAAGGUUGUGCAUUGAAAGCUGCAUUUUCUUUGUGUGUUAGAGUGAGUUGUGGAAUGGCAGGAGAGCGAAGCAACUUCCUGACUGUGUCUGCCUCUCUUUUUGUUGUUUUCAAUAAUUAAAGGGUCAUGUCCUUGUAGCAUGCCAUUACAAGGCAAAAAUGUACAUACAUAUAAAUAUAUCAACUUGAGAUGUUGGUAAGACAAGUGUUCAUGUUGUAGCUUUUUCAUAAAGUUUAUUAUUGAAUUUGCUCUAAUAAAUUGUAUUCCUCCAUGUCCUAGGAACAAA